CUUCUCUGGGGCUGUCGCGCAGGCAGCGGCUGCUGAAAGCCGGUCUCCGGGAAUCAUGUACUACAAGUUUAGUGGCUUCACACAGAAGUUGGCGGGAACAUGGGCUUCGGACGCCUAUAUCCCGCAGGGAUUAAAGCCUGUGGUUUCCACAGAAGCACCACCUAUCAUAUUUGCCACACCAACUAAACUAGCCUCUGAUUCCACUGCAUAUGAUUAUGCUGGGAAAAACAAAGUUCCAGAGCUGCAGAAGUUUUUCCAGAAAUCCGAUGGUGUGCCCAUCCACCUGAAACGAGGCCUGCCUGACCAAAUGCUUUACCGGACCACCAUGGCGCUGACUGUGGGAGGGACCAUCUACUGCCUGAUUGCCCUCUACAUGGCUUCACAGCCCAAAAACAAAUGAGUUAGCUGCAGAGGACUGGUUUGCUUUUUGGCAUAAACCCUUUGAAUUUUCAUUUUCCAUUGUUUCUGUUAAAUUUUUUUUUUAACUUGGAUGGCCAACUUGUCAUUUUUCCAAGAAAAAUAGAGAUGAAGACAAUAUUUUGGUUUGUUUAUGAAAAGCAUAUUGCCUGUCAGAGCUCAUUUGACAGUUAAUAUUACUGUUUAAAGAAAUGACACUGUUCUGUUUAGGCUCUUGAUUUCCCUAGAGGUUCUGGAUGAAGGUUCCACAGGCUCAUUAACAUCAGUCUGUGCUGAGGACCUCAGGGACUUGGGGUUGCAUUUUUGAGCAUGAGGUACAGAAGCCUUCUGGAUUUGGAUGUGACUGAGGAAGGAAGACAGAAGGCAAGGCUAGGCAUGAAAUGAGAGGUUUGAGCUAGCAGUCACCUUGGGAAUUUUUCCAUCUUGCAGUAAAAUGUUAAUAGAAAUUAUUUGUAGCCUGCCUCUAUUCAUUGGGCAGUUUAUUUCAAAGGGUUAUUUGCCUCAUCUCAGACCUUUAAUGAAAUUUUAUGUAUAAUUGUUGUGUAUUUAUUCCACUAUGGGAACAGAGAACACCUGUUUAGUGUUGUACUUUGGUGUAUGUUUUGUUGGUACAGCUCUGCCACAAAUUCUCCUUUAUCUUUUAAAAAUGUUAUUGCUUUAAAUUAUGAUUUAUUUUGACUGUGGAAUAAAUACAUGAAUGAAAA